AAAAAAAAAAAAAAAAAAAAAAAGGUCGCAGGAAAGGAAAGUCACAGCAGCCAAUAGAGAGCCUUGAAAUCAAAAAAAUUUUCCCGAUACGAUUUUUCCUGAACAAGUCUUGCACUCUCAAAUCGAAAGCAGUAAGAAUUAACCGAGCGACUCUGUAACGGUCUGUGACGCUUUACUCGAGAAGAUAGAAGAAAUGUAUUCCAUGAUACUACUAGUAUUACCCAUAGCUGGGAAAUGUCAAGCCUUCAAAAAAAAACGAGCGCAUAAUUUUCUUGCUUGGCACAGGUCCUGGAAGUCGGGAUUUAUCAUCCCUCUCAUUAGCGCGUGGUCAAUGUUUAGUUCGUCAACCCUUCACUUUUUGAGUAACGUGAUGGCUAUUUGGGAGAAAGAUCAUUGGUUUACUGCAUUGGUACCAAAUGAUCGCUCAAUGACGAUAUUUCAGAGCAUCCGUAUGGGAUCAUCAAGUCUUCUCCAAUGCUGCACUUUGUAUGGGGUUGAUCACAACCAUUCUAUGGGCUUCGACCGCCCCAAUUCCAAGCAUUAACUUCCAGUCACUUUAUUUUGGCACCAAUGAUAUAGCUGAUUUCAAGGGAGCCCAAUGACCUUGAAUAGAUUUCGUUUGUUUGCUUGGAUAACUUUUUUUCGUCUUCGUGGUAAAAAGCAUGUGGAGGAGCCAUGGUGUAAACUGGUCCCAAACACCGACAAUGAUGUAUUAAUAGCCGCUUUUAUGUGUAAAAAGAUUCAAGAUGCAAUGGCUGGUUGAAAGGUGGAAAAUAGAUGCGUAAAUAUGACAGCAUAGAUAAUGUAUUUCAUGCAGAAUCGUUGGGCUUCGCAAAGGGCGCAGUUAGCCAUCUGCAUCCGAAAAAAGCUUGGCCGAAAUUUCAUCCUCAUCACGGACUUGCAUCAUGAUUAACUAAUCAAAAUCCACCUACCUACUGUAUCGAUAAGAAAAAAG